AUGGGCCUGAGAUCGAAGGCCUCGAAGACCGCCGUCCCGAAGGUAUGUGCUGCUGAUGCUAACAUGAUGACACCGGGUGCUCAUGCAUUGCAUUGGGCGCAGGAGCAUGCAACAUUGGGGACAACAAUUGUCAAGAGGCCAGGUCAGGUUGCAUCCGGCUCUCGCUCGAUCACAUCGCCUGCUUCCCUAGGCAAGAAGGCCAUGUGGGGCCCGUUGAGCAAAUGUCCUGCAUCGCUGACCACAUCAGACAGGUCAACGUCAGACAAGCCAGCAAUGUCAUCGAUGCCAUCCAAGGUGUCUUCUCGGCCUGAAGGCACACUGGCACUUGGCCCCAUGAUUGGACGAUAUGUCCCUGGCCCGAAUGAUCCAUGUACAGACUGUGAGAAGAAGGAAGUGAUGUGUGAGACUUGGUACAGGGUGAAGGGCGAUGCCUUAGCCUCAUGGUCAAGGGAGGCCCGCACCCUCAUGGACACCAACACGGACAUCAACGAGGACAGCAUCAAGGUCUCGCUCGCGGGCUGCCUCAAAAGCACCCUCAAAGGCACCCCCUCGGGCAUUGACCACAUCAACUGCCCGGCCUCCACCAGUUGUAUUCCAGUGAUGUCUCAUGUCCUGAUGCCUGCACUUCCUGCUCGUUCGAGUACAGUGACAUCCAACCCUGGUCUUGCUCCCCCGGCCCCACCGCAGACCGAGCUUUUGGCUCUGCAGGCCCGCAUCAUCACUCUCGAGGCCAGAGUGCAAGAUCAAGGUGGCCAGAUUGACACCCUCCUUUGGCUGCAUGAAGGCCUUUGCCGUCAGGUAGCUGCCUGGUUUCCAUCUUUCCCCCUGGUCGAUAUCGAGGAGGUGCUGGUGAAGAUCGAACCGUCCCCCAUGAUUGCUGGACCAUCCUCGCCUCGCCCACAUGCACUGAAGCCUCUAUCACUCCCACCUCCUCCUCUCGAAGCUCCCCCACCUCUUCCCAUGGAGUCACAGGCGACCGGGGCCCUUCAAUCGCUUGGGCAGUAUGAUGAUGACAACAUCGAGAUGGAUGGGGUGGUCAACCCACCGGUGACCAUGGUUGAUGAGAUUGAUGCCCCGCUGUUGACCCCACUGUUGACACCAGUGGAUGAGAUCGUUGCCACACCCGAGGUCUAA